UGGGCCUGGAAGUGCCAACCACCCCCGGAUUUAGCUUAAACGUGGAGACAAAGAUGGAUGAUUUAAGGACAGAAUGGGAUGCAGCAACCAACUUCUCAGAGGGAGACGUGAGCGAGCGCUGGUGGAGUACCAUCAGUCGCCAAUAUACUGAAGAGGGUCGAGUGUACCAUGGCCACACUUACCUUGCCCAAAUGUUUUCUCUCUAUCAUCAGUAUCAAGAGAAACUUACCAAUGCCCAGGCUGUAGCUAUGGCAAUUUUCUUCCAUAAAUUAGAAUAUAACCCAAGAUCUGGUGACUCAGACACCAAAAAUUUGGAGCGGUUUGAAGAAUUCAUGGCAGAAGCAGGAGAAGGGCAGCAGGAGUCUGCACUUGCUACAGCAGUUAAAUCACUGCUCGAGGCAUCUGUGAGUAAUCUGACAGAGGCACACAUGAUGGAAGGUGGAUCUGGUGCAGAUGAUGUCCAUUACUUCUUGGAUUUUACAAUGGCAGUUUUGGGAGCGCCUGUCGUGGAAUAUGAUCAGUAUACAACCAAGAUACAAGCAGAAUACAUCCAUCUUCCUACAACUGCCUACAAUCAGUUAAGAGUCAAAAUUCUAAAGAGUCUUCUGCUGAUGCCAAACAUUUAUGCAACAAGAGAGUUUCAGAAAGAACGGGAGAAAACCGCUCGAGAAAAUCUGCAACGAGAAAUUGAUAAUCUUCAGGCUUAAUGGAGUUGCCUUGAAUUUUGGCUAUUUGCCUUGCUGAUGAAUUUAAAUUGAUGAAGAGUUCACUAGAAGUGAAAAGAUUAGCAUUGAUGAAUAACAAGGGAAUAUAUUGAAGACUAGAAAAAUGGUUAUGCAGAUAAGGGUCCAAGUUGCUUUUAACAGUGGGAUCAAGUUCGUUAGGUAUUGAUGGGUAAAUGACAUAAAUAGUUUAUUCUUUGAUGAUGUGGUGUGCAGGGAAAUAAUCAAUGUUCUCAAUUUGUUAUACAAAUUUUUUUAUGGACAUUUUAUAUAUAUUUUUGGUGUAACAUAAAAAUGAGGAAAAAUCAUAUCUAAUUUUUCUAUUGAAAGAAUCUAUAUUAUUGAGUGUUUCAGGUAUUGAUAUCAAUCCCAGUAUUAUCACUUACAUGCACUCUCACUCAUUCACUUAUAUACUCACUCACUCAUUCACUCACUGCAUGUUAUAGAAACACACACACACACACACACACACAAACAAACAAA